GAUUUUAUACGUUGGUAUCGUGUUUGAUGUACAUACGUCACUUUCUUUUUGGUUAAAUUGGCCUUUGUUUUGUCUAAUUUGUGCGCAUAUCAAAUAUUUCAUCAAUUACCUGCUAUUUCCAACCUACAAAGCUAAGUCAAUGAGAAGCCAUCACCUUAAAUGGUUGUUUGGUUAGGACCAAGGAUAUCCUGAGAUUAUAAUACCGGAAUUAUAAUCGCUAUCCUAGUUUAGUUACUACCAAUGAUCAAGCACAGAUGCUUAGUCUAAAUAAUAUAGGAACAGAUUUCUAGUUCUAGUUAAAUUAUGCUCUGCACUAUUAAUAAUAGAGGUGUUCCUAGCUCUUUUCUAGUGAGGAAUAUAGUGAAAAAUUAUUUGAGUUUAUAAAUAAAAUAUUUUUCAUCAUGAUUUUCACUCAUUGCAUUGACGGCAAGACCACCCUCCUAGGGUGCAAGUCUUUCUUUUUCUCACCACUUUUCUCAAGUUAAUUUAUAUCUAGAUUUCAACUCAUCAGUCAGUCAAAUACACCUAUCAUGGUCAAUUGGCUUUACUUAUUUCUUUCAAAGAUUUGAUUUUUCUAACUUCCCCCAUCUUCCCCUUAUAUAUUUUCCUUCUUCAACUAGGCUGAAAAUUCCACAAACAAGAGGAAAAUUAGUUAUCUUGAGAGUGGGGUAGAAGCUUCUGCUUUCCAUUGCUAUUUAUCUCACUAGUUAUAGGUGCAAGGAAGACUCUGAUGGAGGGGAAAGCAGAGGCAGUAACAAUGAAGCCAACUAAUGAUGAACUACUUUCUAAACAAAUAAUGAGGCAGGAAGCAGCAGCAACAGAAAAACAAGAAAUUCAAAUGCGAUGUGACGACGCAAUGAAGCCAAAUGAUGAUGAACUUCUUUCUAAACAAAGAAUGAAGCAGGAAGCAGUAGCAACAGAAAAACAAGGAAUUCAAAUGCAAUGCGACGACACAAUUACAGAUCAAGAGAUGAACAAAAUUGAACUAAUGAGGGCUCUUGUUGAAAAGCAAGAUCCUUCUUCCAAGGAAGUAGAUGACUAUGCCUUGAGAAGGUUUCUUCGAGCUCGCGAUCUGGACAUAGAGAAAUCUGCAGCAAUGUUCUUGAAAUAUCUUAAAUGGAGGCAAAGCUUUGUACCAAAAGGGUCCAUUUCAGUGAGUGAGAUACCAAACGAGAUUGCACAGAACAAGAUGUUCAUGCAAGGUGAAGAUAAACAGGGAUGUCCUAUUGCUGUAGUUUUUGGUGGCAGGCAUAUUCAAAACAAAUUAGGAGGUGUUGAAGAGUUCAAACGUUUUAUAGUCUUUGCUCUGGACAAACUGAGUGCAAGGACCUCACCAGGAAGAGAGAAGUUCACAAUAAUCGGAGAUCUCCAAAAUUUUGGCUAUUGUAACAGUGACGUCCGUGCCUAUCUUGCGGCCCUAUCCAUCGUGCAGGAUUGCUACCCGGAAAGGCUUGGCAAAGUACUUCUUGUUCAUGUUCCUUACAUAUUUUGCACAUUAUGGAAGAUUUUGUAUCCUUUCAUAGACAACCACACCAAGAAAAAGAUCAUGUUUGUGGAAAACAAACGACUGACAGCAACCUUACUUCAAGAUAUUGAUGAAAGCCAGCUUCCGGAGACUUACGGAGGCAAAAUGCAAUUAGUUCCUAUACAGGACGCCUAGGCAAGUAAUUGCACUAAAAGCUUCAACUUGAUCAAGUUGACCGUGCUCUCUUUUUAAUAGCUUUGAGGAAAAACAUUAGUACAUUGCAAAUAUACAUCUAUAUGCAUUACUAAUCAUUCAGCUUUACAUGGAGUAGAAAAUAAAUGAUAUAUUUUCCACCUGAUCUGCUCGUUUGAUGGCGUUCUUGAUGAAUCCAGAUUCCAUCUCUAUCUAUCAUUUUGAUAUGACAAACUGGAUGAUGUUCAAUCUUGAUUCUGCAACAAGUGAAAAAGAGUUAUACAGAAUUCAAUCAAAUCCGUUUUAUGUUUUGUAGCUGUUAAACGCGUCACUAUUUCCUUUGCUUUUCUUUUGAAGCACGAUACACUAUUAUAUAAUGAAAUUUGCGUAGAUGAGUUGGUUUUAA